AUGACCAGCAAAAAGUCCCACGAUGCCAUUAGUGGUACUCCUAGCAGUCAAAAAGACGGCGAUGUAAUAGACAUUGAGCAUCAAGGCAGCGCACUUCCUGUCCACACGGAGACUCCUAAAUCCUUGGGUGCCGGGUCGGCACUUGCCCUGGGUGCAUUCGGAACAACUUUGACGACUCUUUCACUAAGUCUGAUGGAAUGGCGCGGAGUCACGACGACCAAUGUAUUUGUUGCAAACUUCUUCUUCAUCGCUGCCUUUGGCUUGGUGGUUACUGCCCAGUGGGAGCUCUCGAUCGGAAACGGAUUCGCCUACACUGUUUUCAGUGCCUUCGGUUAG